GGUGACCUCAGCCUUCCGGCAACUGUGAUUGGUUCGUUUGGAGACCGAACCUCCGGCACCAGCCAGAGUUCUGCUGGAGCAGCACCAUCACACCAGGAUCUGCUCACAGCUCAGAGGUUCGAUCAGGACACACAGCUAAUGAAGAAAUGACCGGUCAGGUGUUCCUCACCUCCCACCAGCUUUUCCCCUGUGCCUGUAACGCUCACACACAUCCAGGGUUCAGAGCGGAGGAGCCGGGGAUCGAAUCAUCGACCUGCCAAGUGAUGAUGACCCGCUCUGCCCCAGAGAGCUGCCCCACUCAUCGUGACCUCCACCACUUCCACGAACCUCUGAGGUCUGCCUGUGGUCCAAUAAUAUCCUCUGCGCACGCUCACAACUGUUAUGUAACAGUGCUGCUGACUGAGCCACAUGACGUCAGACAGGUGAAGGUUGACGGUCUGUUACGUGACGUCGCGCCCGUCUCUGUGACAGCUGCUACGCCCCGAGGACUGCACGCGCUCUGCUGUCACAGGGGGCGGGGGGCUCUAUACAAGCUGCCGGACUCCGGACCCGCCCGCAGCUCACAGGCCGCCUGGCUGCCGGGCACCCAUGUCCCGCUCACCCCCUCAGAUCCACGCCGGCGGAGAGCCCACGGAGAACGGAAUGAAGCAGGAGGAGGAGGAGGAGGGGGCGGAUGAGGAAGACCUGGACGACGAGCUGGACGCGUCUCAGCUGGAGAGGUUCAUUCGGGACCGGAGGAGAGCAAAGUCCCUGCCGGCGUACCCGGCCCUGCUGAACGGACCCCACGGAGCGGAGGAGGGCAGGAAGCGCGUGAAGUUCGCGGACUCCAUGGGGCUGAGCCUGGCCCGAGUGAAGCACUUCAACUCCCUGGAAGAGCCGCAGAUCCCCAGCAAGGUCCUGUCCCGGCACAGGAGCUUCCCCCUGGAGCAGCAGGACCUCCUGAGCGGCCUGUGCCACAGCUUCGCCGCCGGCCUGCGCGCGGACCUCCCGGAGCUCCGGGACACGGAGCGGAGAGUCCAGCGGCACCGGGUCUGCCUAGAGAGGCUCGCCGCGACGCAGCUGGACGUGCGGGGGCACGUGCGGGUCUUGAGCGGCUGCGCCGGCAAGGAGGUCGGAGUGAGGUACACCUUCAACGGCUGGCUGUCACACAUGGACGCGCAGGCGGUGCCCGUGGCUGCGAACGAGCCGGGUUUGGUGGGGGAGCGCUUCGCCUUCACCGUGUACACCCCGCCCCUCGCAGACCCCGGCUCCGCCGUGCACCUCGCCGUUUACCUGAAGUGCGAGGAGGGGGCGUUCUGGGACAACAACGAGGGGCAGAACUACACCGUCAGGUACCGCUGUGUGCCCGGCCACGCGCCCUUUGUCAGCGCCGCCUUCCACGCCACCUGAGCCGUGCAUAAACCUCUCCAUCUCUGCGUAAAACCUCUCCAUCUCUGCGUAAAACCUCUCCAUCUCUGCGUAAACCAGCUGUUGGGCACCUGUCACUCUGUCCCGUGCUCAGAUCAGUGAAGCUGAGUUAGUCUCAGGCUGCAGGCCCAACACGCCUCACCUCUGUUUCCUUGGUUUUAAACCUUUAGUGCCUUUUUUUAAACCGACCUCUGACACUGAGCCUUUGAUGUGUUUAGAGACAGUUCCAGAUGUUUCUCUCAGAGGACGCUUUAAACUGCUGACAGUUUUUACAGGUAACCCAACUAUCCGGACUCCAGCUCUUGAUUUGAAGAAUAGAUGGAUUAACUGCUGAGUGCAUUUUCUGUCACGCUUGGGCUUGGUGUGACGUCACAGUGUAAUGAAACUGUUUGAUUUUUGUGACCUGAUUAAAAAUGAAGCUGCU